UGUCUCUGGCAGUGUCCCCGCGGCCCUCCGGCGGCCCUCGUCGCGCUGGGACUGGCUCCUCCGGACAGAAGGAACCGAAGAAGCCCCGGGAGCCGCCGCCACCACCACCUUCGCCCGGGAGCUCCGCGCAGGGGCCGCGGACUCAGCGCGGCUGCUCGGCUCCGUGGACACCGGGUCGCAGCGCGGGCAGCGCCCCGGCUCUCACCGAGCAGCUCCCGGCAGAAUAACGCGCGUGGCUGUCCCACCCCUGGGAGGGGUUGCCGGUGCCGCGAGCUGCCGCCCAGUUUGCAGCGCUCUCUCCGAGGGAGGAUCCGUCGCCGGGAAAGAGUAGCCUCCACCUGGCCGAGGCACAGAAGUGGCUAGGGAGGGAGCCGUCCGCUGCUUCGUGUCGGCUCUGGGCGCGGCGACGGGGGAUCCGCGGGCCGGAGCCCAGGCGCAGCCCGGAGCCUGCGGGUGGCGGGGCGAAGCGCACCGCGAUCUGGGGGUUUGCUGAGCGGUCCCCCACGCCCCGCGGGGUCCUGCAGCCCCGAUUCGCGGUCUGGAAGUCACGGAGAACCGCUGCCACGGACUGCGGACCAACACUGUCCCCCUUGAAAGCGGGUUCUGCUAUGACAGCUGGGCUCUCCAAGGGGUUAACCUGGGUGUCCUCGGUAAAGUUGUCGCCGAGCCGGGAACCCGUUUAGGGGUCACAGCGCCGCGGCUCGGGGGGCGGCCGGGUGGCUGGCGGCGGCCGUGGCUCGGCGGGACCCGCGCGGCCGGGGGGCUUCUGGGGGUGUGCGCCCCCAGCCGGCUGCCCUCGUGGAUGCCUCCCGGCGGCGGCGGGCCCAUGAAAGACUGCGAGUACAGUCAGAUCAGCACCCACAGCUCCUCCCCCAUGGAGUCGCCCCACAAGAAGAAGAAAAUCGCGGCCCGGAGGAAAUGGGAGGUGUUCCCGGGGAGAAACAAGUUCUUUUGCAACGGGAGGAUCAUGAUGGCCCGGCAGACCGGCGUCUUUUACCUGACGCUCAUCCUCAUCCUGGUCACUAGUGGACUCUUCUUCGCCUUCGACUGUCCGUACCUCGCAGUGAACAUCACACCUGCUAUCCCUGCGGUCGGAGGCAUCCUGUUCUUCUUUGUCAUGGGGACUCUGCUUCGGACCAGCUUCAGUGAUCCAGGAGUCCUCCCUCGAGCCACCCCAGAUGAAGCCGCUGAUCUGGAAAGGCAAAUAGACAUUGCCAACGGCACCAGUUCAGGGGGGUACCGCCCACCUCCCAGAACCAAAGAAGUCAUCAUCAAUGGCCAGACUGUGAAACUAAAGUACUGUUUCACCUGCAAGAUUUUCCGGCCCCCUCGAGCCUCCCACUGCAGCCUGUGUGAUAACUGCGUAGAACGGUUUGAUCACCACUGUCCCUGGGUAGGCAACUGUGUGGGGAAAAGAAACUACAGAUUUUUUUAUAUGUUUAUUUUAUCCCUGUCUUUCCUGACAGUCUUUAUAUUUGCAUUCGUUGUCACCCACGUCAUUCUUCGUUCACAGCAAACGGGAUUCCUCAAUGCCCUUAAGGACAGUCCAGCGAGUGUGCUAGAGGCCGUGGUAUGCUUCUUCUCCGUCUGGUCCAUUGUUGGCCUCUCAGGUUUCCACACAUACUUGAUCAGCUCCAACCAGACAACAAAUGAAGAUAUCAAAGGCUCUUGGUCCAAUAAAAGAGGUAAAGAAAAUUACAAUCCCUACAGCUACGGAAACAUCUUCACAAACUGCUGUGUCGCCCUAUGCGGGCCCAUCUCUCCCAGCCUAAUUGACAGAAGAGGGUACGUCCAGCCUGACACGCCGCAGCCAGCAGCACCAUCCAACGGGAUCACUAUGUAUGGGGCCACGCAGUCGCAGAGUGACAUGUGCGACCAAGACCAGUGCAUUCAGAGCACCAAAUUCGUUUUGCAGGCCGCAGCCACUCCCCUGCUUCAGAGCGAACCCAGCCUCACCAGCGAAGAGCUGCAUAUGCCUGGGAAGCCCGGCCUGGGCACCCCAUGUGCUAGCCUGACGCUGGGCCAGCCCACACCACCCUCCUCCAUGCCCAACCUUGCCACGGAGGCCACGCUCUCAGACAUUAUGCCCCUGAAGGACGAGCACGGAGGCCACCAGUUUCUGACUCCAGACGAGGCACCCUCACCGCCGAGGAUGCUGGGGCCAGGCAGCCCCCUGGCACACAGCCGUACCAUGCACAUUCUGGACCUGGCCAGCCAGGACUCCCUGCACGAAGACUCCGUGCGGGGCUUGGUGAAGCUCAGCUCCGUGUGACCUGCGUGGCCAGCCCUGGGACCACAGAUGACAAACCAACAAAUGGACAUAGCCAAAUGGAAGUUUAUGUUUGGAAUCUGCGGGGUGGGCCAGGGGAGGGAGGACCCUCAAGAGAGGAGCCCGGAAUUGAAGGCGGCUGCGUGGACACAGCGCCCUCUGUCGGCUGCUUCUGGGACAGACAGGAGGAAGGUUUUCGAACACUGGUGGCCAAACUGAACGCACUUCAUGUUUGUUACACUACUAGUUGAAAUCGACUCGCCGUUCCUUUUGUUCAUUAAAACAAAACAAAAACCCCCAAGGGAAAAGCCGACCGGACAUGGGUUUGCAUGCCACGCUACAGUCUGUGUGACAGUGGCGCUAUUCCAGAAGAAACGCUGCUUUCUUUGUUUUCCUUCUCUUUAAUCUUGUGAAACUUUCCAGGGCGACAGACUGGGCCCAACGGGAGACGCCGUCCUGUGUGACUUACUGGACUUAGCUGUAUGCAGAUGGACGUCCCCCGCUACAGAGGCUACCGGGGUCGGUCCUGCCCUGGACAGACAUUUAACCUUCUGCCAACACUUACGUGGGGUGUUGUAUUGUGCCAGCGUGGGACCGUCUCGCCCCCUGUGUAAUGAACUUCCUGUGGACAGCCAAUAAAGUGACUCCUCUGUUAUUUUCUUGAUCUGUAGACGGUUGUCCUUAACAGCGUACAUGCAGCCAUUUGUUUACAUUAUCUCUGGGAAGGAAUAACGCAGAGCAGCUGAAGUUCAGAUCUCUGGGUCGUGGGUUACUGGGAUGGUUUCUUGAUGGGACCUGAGCUUGCCAAUAGUCCCCAGCCCCUGAUAAUCCAUCUCCCUGGUCUGCUUUUAAUGUGGGUUUAUCAAGGUUUACUCUGUACUUAGAGCCACCCACUGAGGGAGCAAUUGUGUGCGGUAGGUGGAGGGAGGGGUCCCCAGGAGGAGGGAUGUUGUCUGGCUGUCUUCUUGACUCCAUGUGAUGUUGGGGUGUUGCAAACCUCAUAGGGUGACCUCAUGGUCCUCAGGAAGCAACGCUGGCUCCACGUUGGAUCUGAGGUCACAUAGAUUAUACUCUAAGCUCAACACCCAUGAAGAUGGAAAUCAAGUAGCCAGUUCACUCCAAGUGUGACCCGGAAGGGGCUGGUAUUUUAGGGAGCCAGCAGACUAUGUGGAGGCAGCUACAAGAAGCUCUCUAACACUCCCCAACCUUCUCUUCCAGUGCCAUAUCCAAUGCCAAAUCCACAGACUGUGACUAUCUGAGGACAAGGCACAUUCUCAUUAAUACAAGAGAGCAGAGACGGUCUUACUCAGUCCCAUUCAGGUCACACAAUAGUCAUGCUGAACAUGGCUACAGAUGGCUUUCUUGUGACAUCUUUGCGUCACCUUCGCUGCUACUCCCCUCGGCUGUGUAGAAAUCGGAGAAGGUGAAUUAUAUGCAGCACUUUUUAUAUAUAGUUUUAUAGACCUCCUAAUUAUUUAUAUUUUAAGACAGAACUUUGCUUACACAACCCCACACACAGUCAAAUGCUCUACCUUCGAGCAAAGGGACACCCCACAAAGGACACCCUGAAAAGCCCCUCCAACCACCCCUGCCUUCCAGAAGCAGCUUAGAGUGGUGUGGAAGGAAAGUUUGGCUCAGCCUUACUCUGGGGCCAAGUUUCUACCCCUUGGGGUAGGAGGUGGGGGCCUGGUCUUUAGAGUCCUAUCAUUCCUGGCACCCCUAACUUAGUGGUUGCCGAUUUUCUUUGACCAGCCCCUCUUCCAACAGCCCCAUUAAAAAACCCCAAGAAGCAAUGAUAACAUGGCAGAUAAGUCACUGCGCACCGUUGGCCAUCUGUCUCCCCCUUCGUCAGUGGAUUCAGCCAACCACGAAUUAAAGCUACUUGGCAGAGCAGAGGCAUCUGUCCUGAACUGUGUGGACUUCGUUCCUCACCACAUUCCCUAAAUGCUCUUCAGUAGUACUGCACUGUGUCAGAUAUCAAUCACCCAGAAACUGCUCAGUGUCUACAGAAGGAUGUGUGCACGCUCUGUAUGCAAAUACUGUUCGGCUUUACUCAGAGUCCUGGGCACCCACAGACUGGAGUUUCCACAGGACUCUGGAACCAAUCCGCUAGGGGAACUGAGGCACAAAUAUACCUGUUAUCAAUUACCCUGCUCUAACCCCCUUCUCUCUACAUACAUGGCACCAUUCUUCCAAUAGGAUUUUGGGGAGCUUGGUAAAGAUGAAUCAAGACUAUCCAGGGUCAAGGGGGACGAGAAAAUUGGCUUUUAAAAAAAUGGAAUUGUAAGUCCCACAAAAUUCCCAUAACCCUUUCCUUUCGCUUGGGAAUAAGUGUCUGAAUGCUCGAGGUUCCCAGUUCAGUGAUGGGGAUGGGCACCAUCCAGGGAGUAAGUGGUCAGCCUUUCCUGUUAACUGGGUCUAUCUGGUGUGGCUAAGUAGGCCUUGGCAUUUAUAAAUGCUUCUAGAGACUGCUAUCGAUUGAAUGCUAGCUAGAAAAAAAAUAAGAUAAAUAUUUUACUAUGCUAUUAAGGCUUGGGCCUGGGAGGGGGUAAAAUUUCAUCUGCUUUGCAAUCUCCCAGAACCACCCCACCAACCAUAGGCCUCUUAAGCACUUGAAAGUCAGAUGUAGCCAGAGCACCCUAGCCCAGACUGGAGAAGGAUGACGAUGGCUGGCAUCCUGCUUCUAAACAGGCAGGAUGGUAUGCCACUCUGUGCCAGGAUCAACCAGCACAUGGUUAAUGCUGUGCCCGCUUGAAAAAAAAAUGUUCAUCCCAGCUUUGGAGGUGAUUAUUCAGCCAGCAAAGUGCCAGAUACCUGUUCCCAAAAAGCUAGUCUCUCAGAACUACCCCUGCCUCCAAAUCUGUCAAGUCUUUGCCUGUGUCAGCCAUGGUCAGUGAUAGGUUCAAACCAAGUGUAAGGCUUUUCAGGGGUGCAGCAUACAACUGCAAAACAGGAUGUGAACCCCAUCUGCAAGCCGUGUUACCCCGAGACCUGAGUGGGUAAGCCUUAGUGUGCUUCACACCCUGGGCCUGGACCUUCUCUAGACCAGCAGCAAGAAGUGUGUGUAUUGAAGUUGUAAUAGGUGUUCUGAGUGCAGAAUGUGGCGGCAUUUCCAGGAAUAGACGAAUGGAACCUCUCAGAGGCUUCGGAGGCCUAACCCAGCCUCAGCACGUGUCACAUUCAGAGCCGAGCCUAACCACCACCAUCCUCUCUGGGCCUGUGUCGCAGCUGUGACUUCAGGUUGGCGCUCGCUGGCAGGUGUCAGGGGUCUGCCUAAUAUGAUGUAGGACCUCUCCCGCUGGGUUGCUCUGUACUCACCUACACCAGGACACUCCUCAGCUUGUUGAGUUCUUCAUGUAAGAAGAAAAUAAUGAGAAAUAAUGUUGGCUAUAUUUUCUAAUUAAUACCUCAACACUAUUCGGAAGCUGUGCCUAAAUUAAAUUGAUGUUUGUGUUUUUACAUUAAAUGCAUUGGUUGUGGGAACCUACCAUGUUCUUAUCUAAAGGGAAGAGAACUCUGAAUAAAUUUUCAUUCCCCAUGGUGUCCUGCACCUA